AUGGCACCAGUCGUCAAAGAAGUCACCACUCAAGCCGAAUUCAGCGCUGUCGUUGAUUGUUUCUGGGACUCCAACUAUGAUCCCUAUACCUCUUUCAUGAAUAUCCUGUUCCCAAUUUCCGAGGCAACCGAAGAAGGAUACGCCAAAGCUGUUGCUGAGUCCAAAGUCAGGCUCUGGUCUUAUCACGAACAAGAUCCUACCAGCCACUGGAUAUACGUGACUGAUGACGAGGACACCAAGGGGGUAGUUUACAGUGGUGCAAACUGGAAUUUCCACGAAUACUCUUCUCCUUAUAAAGAUGGUGCUCCGGAAUUGGUUGCUCUCUGGCAUCCGGAAGGUGUUGGCCGAGAUUUCGCAAGCCGGGUUUUGAAUCAAAUUUAUCGAUUCAGGGGCGAACGUUUGUGGAGGCCUCAUUGUCAACUAGAUUACAUGUUUACCUACACAAAUCAACGCAAUAAGGGUUAUGGAAGUAUGCUUAUGCAAUGGGGAAUGGAGAGGGCCGAGAGAAUGGGAGUUGAGGUGGUUGUGGAAUCUAGCAAGAUGGGCUAUUCCCUUUACAAAAAGUUCGGUUUGACAUCUAUUGAAAAAAUUGCCGUGGAUAUGCGUGUGGAUAAUCCAACCAACACAUGGAGAAGGCUCGAAUCCGACUUUGGCCAGGUGCUAAUUUGGUGGAUGUGGAAGCCUCGUGAUGGUAUUUAUGUAGCUGGAAAGACAGAGCUACCAUGGUUAGCUAAGCGUCCUGCGUGA